UCGAGCUAUCAAAAACACUUUCUACUGAGAUUUUCACGUAUCAACACCCUUAGAAUUUAAUAGUUUUGUCACAAAUCAGCAACAUUAGUCAUGGCAUCUGUAGAUCCGAAUAGAUUAUUUCUCGACGACGACGUCGAUGAUGAGACUUUUCUCCAAAACUCAAGAGGAGGUCAAUCCACAAAUCCCUUCGACUCGAAUUACAAUCAACGCCAACUCUAUGAGCAACGAAAACGCGAAAUUGAGGAUCGCACGCUCAUGUCGACGGAACGGAGUCUCGGAUUGCUGCACGAAACGGAAGAAGUUGGCGUCAAAACUGCCGAAGAACUCGCCCGUCAACGCGAGCAACUCGAAAAAACGAGUCGACAACUCGACGAGAUCAACACGACGCUGCGUUUCAGCCAGAAACACUUGAACGGCUUGAAAAGUGUCUUCGGAAGCCUGCGUAACUACAUUUCCGGACAGAAAGAUUAUUCAGCGCGCAUGACUCAGUCGUCGAGUGCCAGCAAAAUCAACGAGGAUAAUUAUUCCGUGCCAUCGUCCUCCGUCUCUGCCAGGACUCCCGAGGAGCAAUAUAGCGAACAUCCGACGACACGACUCCGAAACGAUGCGCCACAGACCCAACAAAAUGGCUCCGCGACAUUUAAUCAACGCAUCGAGAGCAAUUUGACCGACAUGAGCAAUAGUUUGUCGCGCUUGAAGCACUUGGCGAUCGACUUGAAUCAGGAAAUUGUCGAAUCGAACGAGCUCAUCGACAACAUUCACGACAAAGUGGAAAAUGUCGACUUGAAGGUCGGCAAACAAAACAAGGAAAUGAACAAAUUGCUCGGAAAAAAGUAAAAAUUUCGCCGUAAAAGUUUCUAUAGCAACCCAUUUUUGCAUCGUUUGAGGUCGAGGAAUCAGUACAAAGCCGUACCGUUUGUUGUCAUUCACAAAAAAAAAAAUAAAAAUCGUGUUAUCACAAAAAAAAAAUAUUCAGAGGCGUUAUUGACACACAAAUGCAGUGAUAUGCAUGCGACUACCUAUUAUUUAAUAUUAAGUGCGUUUUUUAAGAUAAGAAAAUUAAAAUUUAGUGAAUGGAAUCUUGAGGUUACUGUUGAUGGGUCAGUUGAUAUUGAGUUAGAUUAGUUUAAAUACGUAAAGAAAAAAACAACAUUGUCAUACCAAAAUAAUUGAAAAAGUAGAAUUUAUAUGAAAAACGACAAAUUUUUGUUUGUUGAACCUUGAAUUUCAUGAAUAAUAUCUAAAUAUUUCCAUUUAUAUCAUCUCUAUAUAGAUAAGAAAGCUAAGAUUAAUGUUCAUUUAGGAACA